AUGGCUCUCGACCCAUCAAGCGGCUAUGUAGCCGCAAGAAAUCUACAAGAUCUUAAUGAGAUUGCACUUCCAAUAUUUAACGUCGAGAAAGUACAACUACAAUUCUCUAUAGCCUCCGACUUUGUAGCGGCGCAAGUCGCAAACAAUGUCCUGGUUUUGGCACUUUCAGAUGGGAGGAUUCUAAGAAUCGACCUGGACAAUCCCGCAGAUAUAGAUGAUAUUGACCUACCUAAAAAGACCUCGGAGGUUGGAGUGAUACGGCGCAUGUUCCUCGACCCAACAGCUUCACAUCUGAUUAUAUGUACUUCACAAGGGGAGAACUAUUACAUUCAUACACAAUCCAGGCAACCUAGGCCUCUUUCUCGAUUGCGGGGUGUAUCGAUAGAAUGUAUUGCUUGGAAUCCUUCGUUACCUACAUCUUCGACCAGGGAGAUACUUAUUGGGACUUCCGAUGGAAUGAUUUAUGAAGGGUAUAUAGAAACUGCCACGGAAUUCUACAGGAAGGAGGACAAAUAUUUAAAAGCGCUUAUGAGGCUUCCGGACGGACCUGUUACUGGGCUCUGGGUGGACCUUGUCACUGGUAGACCUGACGCCAGAGAAGUCCGACGAGUAAUGAUAGCUACACAAAGUCGGGUUCUUCACUUAGUAGGCAAGAUUGGCCGGGUCGCACAUGAAGGGGGUGCAUCAAUAUUUACACGGCUUUUCGAGACGGAACAACCCACGAUUCAUGAAUUGUCUAGGAUAUCUACAACUGCAGCUUCUUCUCUUGUGGUGUCCCCAAAUCAUCCCGACUCAGCGUCCAUGGAAAGUCUAACCCCAGAUCGUACUUUCGCAUGGCUUUCGUCACAAGGUGUGUACUAUGGAACGUUAAUGACUACACCAGCCACCUCAGAUUUGGGCGCAAGAUUAUUUACCGAGGCAAAAUUGUUACCUAGGUCUCAAUUGCCGGCUUCGGAGAAUUCCAUGGGUCGCAAGAAGCCAGUUCCAGACUCAAUCGACUCUAUCGCGUUGACUCAGUGGCAUAUUCUUCAUCUGAUUGGUGGAAGGGUCGUUGCUGUCAAUCGACUAGAUGAUAGAGUAAUAUUUGAUCAAGUAGUCUUGGAACCUGGCCAGCAAGCACUUGGACUGUUCGCUGACCAAGAGAAGAACACGUUUUGGCUCUUCACUACACAAGAAAUUUAUGAAAUUGUUGUCACAGAUGAAGAUAGAGAUGUAUGGAAAGUUAUGCUACAGACCGAACAUUUUGACGCAGCGUUGCGUUAUGCCAGGGGCCCAGCUCAGAAGGAUGCUGUCGCUACAGCGUCUGGUGACUACCUCAUUAGUAAAGGUUCAUAUCUUGAAGCUGCGGGAGUAUACGGAAAGAGUAGCAAACCAUUCGAACAAGUUGCACUUAUAUUCGUUGACAAUGACCAACAAGAUGCUUUACGAAAGUAUCUUCUGACAAAACUUACGACGUACAGAAAGGCCUCGACAAUGCAGCGUAUUAUGAUUGCGAGUUGGCUGGUAGAAAUAUUUAUGUCAAAGCUUAAUUCCCUAGAUGAUACGAUCAUCACUAAAGCUGAAUUGUCUGAAAAUUUGAAUCCUACCGAGACUAGAAAUCAAUUAGACACAAUUCGAGCGGAAUACCAAGACUUUGUCACAAAAUACAAAACUGACCUCGACAAGAAGACUACGUACGACAUAAUCAGCAGCCAUGGCAGGGAGGAUGAACUCUUAUUCUUUGCCAGUGCUGUAAAUGAUUACAAUUAUGUUCUCUCCUACUGGAUACAGAGAGAGCGAUGGAAGGAGGCAUUGGAUGUGUUGAAGAGGCAAACAUCACCCGAAAUCUUCUAUCGAUAUAGCAGUGGACUCAUGACGCACGUAGCCACUGACCUUGUCGAUAUUCUAAUGAGGCAUCCAGACUUGAAGCCUCGGAAUCUUAUUCCUGCUUUACUGAACUACGAUAAGCAUUUUCAAGGGCCUCUGUCAAAAAACCAAGCCGUUCGUUAUCUCCUACAUGUUAUCAAUCACCUAAACUCAACGGAAGCUGCUGUACAUAAUACACUAAUAUCGAUUUAUGCCUCUCACCCAUCAAAAGAUGAAUCGGCUCUCCUCUCAUACCUCGAAUCGCAAGGUGAUGAUCCAAGUUUUGAUUCAGACUUUGCUCUUCGACUUUGCAUUCAACACUCGCGAGUUCAAUCUUGUGUACACAUCUAUAGCACCAUGGGGCAAUAUUUACAAGCUGUAGAACUCGCCCUCGCACAUUCGGAAAUAGAUCUCGCCUCUCUCGUUGCCGACCGCCCUCUUUCAAAUCCUCCACUACGAAAGAAGCUCUGGCUUGCAGUUGCCAAAAAAGUAAUAUCUCAAUCAAAUGGCAUCAAAACCGCCAUUGAAUUUCUCAAACGUUGCGAUCUUCUCAAAAUCGAAGAUCUCAUCCCUUUCUUCCCUGACUUCGUCGUAAUUGACGACUUCAAGGAAGAGAUCUGUGCUGCGCUCGAAGACUACAGUCGCAAUAUCGAUGCCCUCAAGAAAGAAAUGGACGAAUCUUCUCAAACGGCUACGAAUAUUAAAAUCGACAUCGCGGCUCUUGAUCAACGGUAUGCUAUUGUGGAACCAGGAGAAAAAUGCUACGUGUGCACGUUACCGCUACUGAGUCGUCAAUUCUUUGUCUUUCCUUGUCAACAUGCUUUUCAUAGUGAUUGUUUGGGUAAGCGAGUUAUGGAUCAGGUGGGUGUGGGUAGGGCAAAGAGGAUUAGAGAGGUACAGAUGUUGAUUAGUAAGGGAAUGGUUAUGGGUGCGAAGAGGGAAGCGUUGAUUGCUGAGUUGGAUGGUUUGGUGGCGAGUGCUUGGUGA